AUGCAUGCUUGGAUUAUUUUGUCUAGGAUUAUUUUGUCUAUUUCAGUUGCUCUACAAUUUCCAGAAGGCCUUUUAAUUUAUUCAUGUUUAAUUUCUGACAUUUUGGAAAAAUAUGCCGAUUGUGAAACUAUUAUAUUUGGCGAUGUUACCUAUGGUGCAUGUUGCGUCGAUGAUUAUACUGCUAAGAUACUUGGAUGCGAUUUGCUGAUUCAUUAUGGUCAUAGUUGCUUAAUACCUAUUCAGGAUACGACUGGAAUUCACUUAUUAUAUAUUUUUGUUACUAUCGAUAUUAAUAUAAGUCAUUUUAUGGAAGUAAUAAAGAAUAAUUUCACUACUACAGAACGAUUAGCACUUGUUAGCACUAUACAAUUUAUUUCUUCAAUACAGAGUGUGAAAUCCGAGUUAUCGCAGUUUAAUUAUGAUAUAUUUAUUCCUCAGUGUAAACCAUUAAGCCCUGGCGAAAUAUUAGGAUGUACUUCACCAAAGUUGCCCAAGGACAUCUCAUCGAUUAUAUAUCUCGGCGAUGGAAGGUUUCAUUUGGAAUCAAUUAUGAUUCAGAAUCCAACCAUAUCAGCUUAUCAGUAUGAUCCAUAUUCAAAAAGACUAAGCCGUGAGAAAUAUGAUUUCAAUUUGAUGGUGAAUAAACGAAAAGAGGCGAUUCGAGUGGCGAAGAUUGCAAAAAGUUUUGGAUUAAUACAAGGAUGUUUGGGAAGGCAGGGUAACAUAAGAAUUGUUGAGGAUUUAGAAUCGAAAUUGAAAGCCGCAAAUAGAAAAACGACUCGAAUUUUGUUAUCAGAAAUUUCUCCAGAAAAAUUAGUACUAUUCGAUCACAUCGAUUGUUUUGUGCAAGUUGCCUGUCCUCGUUUAUCAAUCGAUUGGGGUGAUGCCUUUUUUAAACCUCUAUUAAGCCCAUAUGAAUUGGCGAUAGCACUGGAGUAUUUAGCUUUUGAUAUAUCUAAUUAUUCCAUGGAUUUUUAUGCCAAUGAAAGUUCUGGUCCGUGGACAAACAACCAUGUAACUCAUCGGCCAAAAAGAACGCAUAUAAAAAUUGUAUGA